ACGUGGUGCUAGCCCAAAAGCUUCAAGCAUGGCUGAUUCGCCGCCGCCGCCAUUUUCAUCGGCAAAAUGUCUGAUAACACCGGUGCUCCUCGGAAACAUUUACACCGGUCAUCUAAACUCUUCGGUUCACCCCGAAACCCUAACAAGCCCGUACAGCAAGAGCUUACUCCUUUGCUAGAAACAGCCCCAGAUCCGAUUGUCGAGGAGCCCACUCAGACCAGUCCUCGCAGAAAUCGACGUCGCCGUAAGAGAAAAUUGCCGCUGCAUGCCGACCCUCAAAUCCGCAUCGCAAUGUCCGUAGCCAUGGCUCAUGCCGGCCUCGCCUUGUCCCUUGUCGUCCUAUACGGCGUUGCCAAGCUUCUCCAGAACUAUUGGCCCCACCUUCUUUGGGCCAUCCUCUGCUCCAUCCCUCUCCACGAGCUUCACACUGCCCUCGUCUCCUUCUGGUCUCAUUCUCUCAAUCUCGGCCUCCUCCACGCUAUACUCGCCAUCCCAUUGUCCGCCCUCAGCGUCACCUGCUCCUCUCUAAUCGAUUCUCAUGCCGCCCUUCUUCGCCUCCUCCGCUAUCCUUCACCCUUGCUCCAGAGCAAAUUCGAAUUCUCCAAGCUCAUGCAAUGGCUUAUCUCUUUUGGGAUUUUUAUUGUUUUUUACGAAAAAAUAGGUUCUUUCUCUGUUCCCGCCUUCGUAAUCCCUUGCUCCAUCGCCUAUGCGUCUGGUUUUGGCAAGGUCAAGAUGAGAGAGUUAACUUCCAUUUCACGAAUAAAGUUUCGGAGUGAUCAUAGUUCGUUCGGUUUUAAAAUUAGCAGUUGCCUUACUUCGAUCAUGCUUAAUAGGUUGAAAACGAUGGUUGGGAUUGGAUUAAUAAUGUUCAUGAUCGUGGGUUCUGUUUUAGGUCUUGUUUUCUUUUCUUAUAAAAUUGCACUGGAGGGGAAAGACGCUGUGAUUUCGUUUAAGGUGCAUCUGCAUGAGAACGAUUAUGCAGAAAGAAUUGGUGUUAAGAAAUGGAUGGACGAGAACCAUAUACCGGAAUUGAUUGAUACUUAUGCCACCAAAGUCUCUGAAACUUUGCUACAGAACAUUGAUUCAUUGGCCGCCAAUUAUAACGUAACGGAAAUUGUGCAUGGCGUGAGGAAUUACUUAAUUAGUCAUUCGCAAGGUUCUCUUAGAACUAGUGUUCUUACCCAAGCUAGCGUUAGACCAGUGUCUCAGAAGCUUUCUUGUAUUCAGUCAAGGGUAAGAAAUGGACAGUGGAAGAAGAUCUACAGCGACAUUGAUGGGUUAUUUAGGGUAUUGGCAUCUUUAAUUGCCAGGGAAGGCUUGAUGGGGGAGCUUAAAGCAUUUUUACUAGAGAGUUUGGAUGUGUCAAAAAGAUUGUUGACUUGUGGUGCCAAUAUAUUGCUGUACAUGGCUGUCUCUUUAGUCUCGGGAGCUGCAGGGUUGGUGAAUUUCAUAUCUGAAAUGAUGGUGUUUUUAUGGCUGUUGUACUAUUUGAUGACUUCAGAUUCUGGGGGAGUGAUGGACCAUGCUUUAGACAUGGUGCCAAUAUCAAAAUCGACCCGGGUUCGGAGUGCUAAGGUUCUUGAUCAUGCAGUGAGUAGCGUGUUAUUAGCCACUGCCAAGCUGACCUUGUUUCAGGGGUGUUUAACAUACCUAUUGUUUAGAUUCUACCACAUUCAUUUUCUGUAUACGUCAACAUCUCUUGCACUCAUGAGUGCUAUUUAACCCAUCACGCCAGCUCCUUUUCUUGCAACAAUACCAGCAGCUGCACAGCUAGCCAUGGAGAAAAGGUACGUCGAAGCGAUAAUAUUAACAACCAUACAUCAGAUACUGUUGGAAUAUGGUACACAAGCUAUCCAAGAUGAGAUACCUGGCCAUAAUGCCUAUUUGACAGGGCUGAGCAUACUUGGUGGCAUUGCUGUUUUCCCCUCUGCUUUGGAAGGAGCAAUAAUGGGUCCUCUGCUGAUGACAGUUAUGAUCGCUUUAAAAAGGCUUUAUGCCGAAUUUGUCCUCGGUAGCACCCAUGGAACUGCUCGGUGAUAUUUGAUGACGACUUUUGGUUCGGUUACUUUUUCUCCCUAAUACAACCUAGUAUUUGACAUCGUUUUCUUUUGUGCUAGAGUAGAAUUGGCGUGGCCUGUAAGUGACGUCAAUAUAGUACAGUAACAACGUCAAUUUUUGCAGCAGAUAUACUUACUGAUGUAGAGCCUACAACAGGAAUGUACAUGUUUGUUGCUCCCAUGGUCAGAGCCUGGCUGCUUUGCUCAACUUCUGUAAUAUAGCUGAAUACAGACCAAAUCAAUCGGAACCAAUCUAACCAAAGAUGUAUCUUCAUAGAAUAAAUAGAAGUUAUCAAUAGGAAUUAAUAAUAAUAAAAAGAAAAGUGCUAUAAAUAUAAAAAAUCAACUAUGUGACCAUUCCCAUGGCAUCGAAGGCGAAGUUAAUAAAUACCCCUGGAGUUAUUCUUUUCCCUGCCACUCUUGAUGCAUGCUUCAAACUGGGGGCGUUCUUGUUGACAUCCAUUAUCUACGUUUUUGGGGCUUAAGAACUUACAUUUGCGCUGAUAAUAGCUGUUUGUGUAAGCUUGCGCCAUUAAUUAGUUUAAUGCAUUAACAUGCAAAGAAUUAAUCUUUGUUAUAUAGUUAGUUUUUACUUUUCUGGCUUAUAUUAA